CGAAUGAAUGUCAAGGUCUCAUGCACUCACACAACUACGGACAGCCAGUGUGAGAUCUGAGCCAUGUGGAAGCCAAUCGAAUCUCUUACACGCACAUGCUCACAUUAUUGCAAUCUCAAAAGGACAGCCCACAAUGACCAGAACUGACAGUAACAAAUGGCCACCAAACCACGAUACUGAUGGAUCGGGGAACAACACGGACAGCGAGUGACACAGACCCGACAUCAAUCCAUCAUGCUAUCGUUCGUCGCGCUGCUCGGCUCCCCUCCCCCUUGUCCGGCUGGUGCUCGCUCCUUGACCACCAUGACCACAGAGAGAUAGACCUUGUCCCACUCCGGGUAGUCGUUUCCCAGCACGUGUUCUCGGGUUUCGAACCUGGGAUGCAUGCGACGAUAGAACGCCCUGGACCACACAUGGGUGGCUGGACAGAUCCCCUUCCCGAAGGCCGGGGGGUACUGGUAUAGCAGCUUACGCCCCCUCUCUCCUUGGAUGCGCUCGAACAAGCUGUCCUCUUCUUCGUCUUGGUGCUCCGGAUCUGGAAGAGGGUAGGCUCCACGUCUGCUGUUGUAUUCCGUCGAGGCCGCGACCUGAACUCCGACCGCUGCGUUGCGGGUCACCUCGGCGGCACACUGGUCAGCCACAGUGUGAAAGCCCCAGUUUUCAUCCGCAUCUUCGCCGCACUGCUGAGCCGAUGACAUCAUCCUGAUGUCGACGUCGAAGUGAGCCGACAGCAGUUGGUAGAGGCGGCUGUCGAUGCCCUUGAGGUGCUCCACGCCCAUCGUCGAGGGCGUGUACCUGUGCUCGAAAUGGAUGAUGAAGCUCUCGGUGUCGUAGCACCUGUGGUACCAGUCUGAAAGCUUUGCCUGUGUGCACGACACACGUAGAGAGACCACAAUCAUUCACCAUCGGUAUACUUUGGGUGCCGCCUGGCCCUACUAGCUCACCGGCAAGGACUUGAAGUGAUGAUGGAGCGAGUCGAUCAUCGCUUGCAGCGGAGGCGCCAGGUAGCCACCAGCUGUCUGUGGCGAUGCCACCAUCUCCGCCACCGGCCUUCUCCGCAGAUUGUAGGUCAGCACCAGACGAUAGCCGCACGUGACGGGCGCCACACUGUGGGGGAUGUCGGAGAAGAAGGCCACCCACCGACACUUCUUGGCCGCCAGGGUGCGCUGCGUCUGCUCGUUGAAGGUGGCCGAGUCGAACCCCUCUGUUUGCUCGAGAAUGAAGUCGCCUCCUUGAUAGCCAGUUGGCAGGAAGAUGAGCAGAGAGGCGAAAUGGUCAUUGGAUCGCUGAGUGUCCCUGUGAGCCUCGAAGAAAUCUCCAUCGCCGUACAGCAGCAGCUUGUAGAAGUCGGCCGUCACCUCGCUGGCCGGCGACAUCUCGGAAGCCACCUCGUCGCACACACGCCGCACCGCAGACCUCCAGUCGCCCGCAGGACAUCCAACUGUCAGCUCAUCGGCUGGGACCUCCCGCGCCUUUCGCACACGCAAACAGACCACCGUGCCGCCGCUCAUACCCACGGCCGACUGCCGUGCCUGCGUGUCGUACACAUGCUUGAGAGUCGCCUGGAAGAAAGGCGCCCCAUUUGCCGAGUCACAGUUGGGUUGCAGCGCCCGGUUGGCCGCCUUGACCGUUGGGAUGAGGUCGAUUGCUCCCGCGAUGAAUGGCCUCGGAGCGUCAUGCUUCUUCAGGUGAUCAAUGGCCCUUUCAAUCGCCGUAUCGACUUCCAUGACCUCCGGAUCACGAACUGCCGACAUCUUCAAACCGGGAAGCGUGGUUGUGCCACGAUCUUUCCAGAUCAGCUGAGAGGGCGAUGGACGUCUUCGGAGUAGAGCACCUGCUGCCAGAUCAGAGCCAGAUCG